GGUAUUUGUUGAGUAGUAUUUUAUUAGUGGCACUGCCUAUUUUCACACACUCUAUUUAAUCUCUAUUUAAUUAACAAUGCCGUUAUCAAUACAGGCGCAUGUAUUAUACGUCAUCACAAAAGACCUUUCCUGUCCCGCGUGUCAUAACAUGGUUGUCUUUGAAUUGAGUUAUCUGGCAAUGACACCAACCCAGCUCAAUUAAAAAAAGUUUUUUUUGCCGAAGCCAUGCCACGCUACGAACUGGCACUGAUCCUGAAGGCGAUGCAGCGGCCUGCGACAACAGCUGCUCUCCGGCGGACAGUGGAGACUUUGAUGGAGCGGGGCGCGGUGGUGAGGGACCUGGAGAACCUGGGGGAGAGAGUGCUGCCCUUCAAAAUAACCAAACACAAUCAGAUCCAUGUCCGAGGGACAUACUUUAUGGUUGAUUUCUACGCAGCCCCUAACAUCCUCACAAGUUUUCUGGAUCACCUGAACCGUGAUGUGGACGUGGUGAGGCCGACUGUGCUGAAGAAGGACGACCAGGUUUCCAGCAGUUUGUGCUGUAACCCAUAAGGAAUGACUGAUUUAGGUAAAGACAAGUCCAUCAGUAGGCUGCUAACCAUGUAUCUGUUUGAAAAUUAAACCUGCAGCUGUGAA